GUCGCUGGCGCUCCCCUUGCGCUCCUGCGAUCGCUCUCUUUUUCUACUCUCCGGGUGCGUGUGUGCGCGUGCAAACUUCCAUCGUCAAACACCGUGUUUUCCGACCGCAGUCGUUCUUUUUCAUCCUGUGUUUAUUCGCUGCCCGUUCCAGGCGUCCUCUCCUUUCCCUUCCGUUUCUUCCUGUUCCCAUUUCCGACCAGGGUGCUUCCCUGGCCUUCUGCCGACCUACACGCAACCUGGCCCGGCACGCAAAGCAGCCAAAGGCUCAGCAAACCAUCGAGCUCUUUGCCCUCCCUAUCCAUUCGAACUCGCCAGCGUGCUGGUACGCACCGGAACGUCAGACGUCGUCUUCGCCAAACGCCCGCCCCGCGAUCGUACAGACCACGCAGCUACGCCGCUUGUUCGCUCGCUCUCCCGCGCCCUCUCCACCUUCCUUUGCUCGCUCACAACCCUCCGCCCCCGUCCGACCGCUGGAACGACACGACCGGGACCUGCCUCGCGUGUUCCCGUCGCAUGCACCCAUGCGAUGAGGACGCUCUUCGCGUUGCCAGCCCGGCUGGCAGCCUUGGUCUUCACCGCGUCAUCCUCACUCGCCUUUAGCUUCCAACAAGCCCCGUCCUCCAACCUCGACAUAAGUCAGCUGGGCAGGGUCGGCGUCGCUGGUGACUUCGACGCCGUUUCGCUGUACCAAUGGGUUGGUCAGUCGCAGAGCUCCGGCAGCCAAAAUGGCAGUUCUUCGCUCCUUUCGCGCUUCCCCUACGGCACGUUCGCCAACCUAGACGUAAGCGACGGCAUGAUACAGGCAAUGUGCCCGUUUGUGCUCCAGGACGGCACGCUGGCGGGCGUCGUCGUGGGUGGUAACUUUACGAGCGUGGGCGGCGUGGAAUCCAACGGAGUGGCAUUGUUCAACACCACGACUGCGGCCAUACAACCGCUACAAGGCUUGAACGGGAGCGUGUCUGCGCUGUACUGCGAUCAGAACUCGAGCACCGUCUACAUGGGCGGUUCGUUCACGAGCGGCAAUUCGUCCAACGCAAUCGGCUGGCGGACCUCGAACUGGAUAAGCCUUCCCUUCGACGGCUUCAACGGGCCCGUCAAUGCAAUUACGAAGUCGCCAAACGGAACCUUCAUCUUUGGGGGCAGUUUUGACGGCUUAGGUAACGCGACGACACCCGAGGUGCGCGACUCACAGGUCAUCCCUCUGUCAUCCGCAAACAUUUCCGCCACCGCAAGCUCGACCCAGGACGGCUUCAGCGACCCGCGAAACAUCAUUUGCAAAACGGGCAGCGAGGACGGCCCGGGCAACACCUGGCUUCUCGCAGACAACGCAGCCGGCACGUGGACGGCCGACUUUGAGUUUGGCUUCAUUCCGACCAAGCUACGGCUGUACAACACGAACGAGCAAGGUCGUGGCACCAAGACGUUCCGAUUCGUCGCCCAGCCGAUCAACGGCAUCAUGAACUUCAGCUACGUCGAUCCAAGCAGUGGCCAAGAGAUGUUCUGUGACGCGAGAUGCCCUCUUCCGGAGAACAACAAGACCGCACAGGAUUUCCGAUUCGUGAACAUGGUGGGCAUGAAUUCGUUCAGCAUCGAUAUUUCUGAAUUUUACGGUGCUGGAGCUGGCCUUGCUGGCAUUGAGCUAUUCGAGGACGACAUCUAUGCGUUCGCCAUCAACGAUUUCAACGCCGGACAGUGUGCUGGUGUCAGUACCACUUCGGCCAUUUCAACGACGACAGGACCUUGGGAGGUUACACCCUCGCAUCAAAGCAACUCGGAAUAUCUGACAGCUCAACUCGACGGUACCACCACCACGGAUUCCGCCUCGGUCGUGUUCGAGCCAAACAUCGUACAGACUGGCAACUACUCGAUCACGAUCUUCACUCCUGGAUGCAUUGGCGACGGAACAUGCUCCACUCGUGGCCGAGUUAACAUCACCGGUGUUAUGAGCAAUCCGUCUGGUACCGGACCGUCUGUGCCCAUCUCGACGGAGAUCUGGCAAACCAACAAUUAUGACAAGUACGACGAGAUAUAUCUUGGUCGAGUUGAUGUCGUCAGCGGCAGUUUCCGUCCAAGUGUGACCCUCACUCCAAGCGCUGGCCAAAACGGCCCCCUCACCGUUGUUGCGCAAAAGAUUCGCGCCAGUCUCCAGGUUUCUACCGGUGGUCUGAACGGCCUAUUUGAAUACAACCCGAAUGAAGCCACCGCUUCCACGGACUUCUCAAGCUCGGUAGUUGAUACAGCUGGUAACUCGCUUGGAUCGACUGCUUCGAUCUCGGCACUUGCCGUCGAAAACCAGACAAUUUACGUCGCCGGCAAUUUCUCCUCCAACAUCUCAACUAGUGUCUUCGCUAUUACGGAUAAGAUCAGCGAUCUGGGCGAGGGUGGCCUCAAUGGCGCGGUCUCAUCGAUGACUCUAAACAACUCCGUCCUCUACUUUGCUGGUAGCUUCAACGGCACGAAGGACGGUUCCACCGCCGGGUUAACUGGUGUCGCCUCCUUCAACAUCACAGCAGGCAAGUGGGUCCCACUUGGGGCCGGCAUCAAUGGCAAUGCAGAUUUCGUCGUUCCAUUUCUACUCAACACGACGGCCUCAAACGAUCCAGAGGUUGCGAUCGCUGUCAGCGGCAACUUCGAUUCAAUUAACGCGUUUGGUGACAACCAAGCCAAGGCCGCUGCCGGCUUCGCCAUCUGGUUACCAGGUCAUGCCAACUGGCUGGAAAAUCUUAAUGUGACCACGAUCUUCUUGCAAGGCGUUCUUAUCACAGGUACUAACGUACCUGGUAACCCCCCUCUGUUCGCUGGCCAGGUCUCGUCGUUUGAGCUUGCUGCAAACGGUUCAUUUGAACUGACGGGUACGGGCAACACGAUUCAGCAGUUCCCAGUCAGCAUCACGGAUACGCCUUCGCAGACAAAGACCUCGGCAAAAGCCAAGCGCGCCGUUGUGGAUCAAUCUACCAAUGGAGUGGUCGCAGGUCUCUUCUACAACGACAAUGGGCUGAAUCUCACCAUCUACGGCGGGCACUUCACUACGACAGCCACGAACGGCUCCACAAUCACCAACCUGGCUAUAGUCAAUGGAUCGGAUGGCAACGCCGUUUCCGGAUUCGCUGCUGGCGUCGACAGCAGCUCCGUCGUUGCAGCUUUGGGCACUUCAGGCACAUCACUAUUUGUCGGUGGCAAUCUGACUGGCAACGUCAAUGGACGUGAAGUAGGCGGUCUUGUCAUGUACGAUCUUGUCGCGAACGACUAUGCUAGCCCGCAGCCGGCCUCGCUUCAAGGUUCCUCCGCUACCGUCAACGCUAUCGCCCCUCAGCCGAGCACCACUCUCGUCUACGUCGGUGGAGAUUUUCAAUCUGCUGGGUCCUUCAACUGUCCCGCGCUAUGCGUAUUCGACACGAGCAGAUCACAGUGGAUCAGUCCUGGUGGCAACGACGUGUCCGGCUCCGUCACAUCAAUGUCCUGGGUGUCAAAUUAUCAACUCGCCAUUGUCGGCAAUCUGACCGUCGGUAGCAACACAAGUACCGUGAUGAUCUAUGAUACGAAGAUUAACUCUGGUCAAUUCCUCGACAUCAACGGUCCCGCCGGCACGCUAACAGCUAUCACGUCCGGUAGCUCGGAUGGCACGCAGUACUGGGUUGGUGGCACGAACGUGGAUGGUUCUCCGCUCUUGCAGAAGUACAACGGAACUUGGACGGCGGUUGAACCAGCGCUCGGCCAAGGUUCGGUCAUUCAAGGCCUACAGGUCUUCACGACAACCCAGAAUCAUGGCAAAUCGGAUCUGCUCAACCGCAACCUCGUGCUCAUGGCACUCGGUUCACUCAACGUCCCCAAUUUUGGCAAUGCGUCUGCUGCCAUCUUCAACGGUACUACCUGGACGCCUUAUGCGCUCACUGGGUCGACAACUGGUAAUGGGAGCCUGAGGCAAGUCUUUGUGGAGAAUCCAUUCAACUUUUUCAAGAGCAGCCGCCGUUAUCUCGCCAUUGGCUUCGUCGUCCUAAUUGGUCUCGCCAUCUCACUUGGAAUCAUCUUCCUGCUCGUCAUCGCCGGCAUCUUCGCGGAAAGAUAUCGCCGCAAGCGCGACGGCUACGUUCCUGCGCCGCAAAACAUGCCACAGGACAAAUACAACAAUAUCAACAGAGUGCCACCGGAGCACCUGUUUGGAAGUAUGAAUCCGAACUCGAGACCGAGCGGACCGCUAUGACGAAAACAACCUUUGACGAACAUUUUCAUAGACGUAUUUCCAGAUUCUCAUAUCUUUGGGACCCGCGAGCAGUCUUCUUUUCUUGUCGUGGCUCAUAUACCCAGCAUGUCUGCAGCGCCGAGACAGAGCGACGAUUUGGGCGCCUAUUCAGUGCGUCUUCUCACGACCUAGCAUGGAGUUCUUUCUUUUUCGUGUACUUUCCUCCAAAAAAAAACUUUUGCAAGGUGUUAUUUCAGCUUUGUCAAAUUCUUUUUUUUUCUCCUGCUUUGUUAGUACGGAGAUCGAGCUGCAGCAGGACAGCAUUUUUUUUUCGACGCAAAGCGAAUUCUAUCAUCUUGCGACGCGAGCUUCUUUACUUCAGUGCCUCGAGCAAGCGGCCAUUGUGGGCUUGCACGAAGCGUAAUUACUCUGCGACUGUCGCCACUAUGAUGGUAUAAUGUCUUAGUUUUUUUUUUUUAUCCCAAUUAGAGUGGAGGAUUGGUGGUAGCUCGCAGGGAACAUUCGAAGGCUUGCAGAACUAUUGAAGGACGGCUGCUUUGUUUCGUGUGUCUGUAACAACAUAGUUGUAAGUAGAGAAUUGAGAGGAGACGCAGCUGCAGGUUGCCAAAUCGCGAGUGCGUGAGAAAGAUCGCGUAUGUGAGCGUUCAGAUAGGCGUGCGAUGCUGUCUUUCCGAAUUAGCUAAGACACGACUCGUGGAUCAACAAACACUGUGGUGCCAUUUAGCUUGACAUAAGUGUAUGGUGAAGAAUUGAAAGAGAC